UCUCUCCGCCCACUGGGGGCAGUUCAGGGGCACUGCCCACCCAGGGCCUGCAGCCCAUGGUGCUGGCCGAUGUCAAUGACUGUCCUAUGGGGUGCCCCCUCAGGCCGGGGCACCAACCGGGCGGGGCCAGCGGGUCCUGAGCAGGGCCGGAAGACGCACUAUAGACCUGGGGGUGGCCAUGUGAGUGGUGGCCAGGUAGGGGCAUGACCGGGGCGCUGUGCCUCAGCCCUGCAGCUGCACCAACCUCAGGGGUGGGCAUGCUGCCCAUCUGCCUGCAGAAAAUGCAGCAGCCUUGCUCUGGCACUGCCCGUGGCUGGUACCUCUUUCCCCGCAGGGCCCUGGGGCUGGCAUCCACCUCCACCACCAGGGAAGACGGGCUGUGCCCACCCGUGACCGAGGACGACCUCGCGGCCCCGAGGAGGCCCAGGCCCUCCCAGCAGGUGGAGCCCCACCUGGCCUGGUCUGAGCACCAGGAGGGGAAGCCAGGCCGCCCGGGCAGCUUGGGUUGCAGCCUGCCCAUGUGGGCCUCAGGAGCCGAUGCCCGGGACGGCGACAGCUCCGUGUCAUCCGGCCGCCUCUCGGGCUCCUCAGGGGGCCACGAGGCCUGCCCUCCUCCCCGUGGGACCUGGAAGGAGAGGCCCCCACAGGUGCUGGGCCCGCAGCGGCAGCCCAGGAGGAGCGACCCCCGGCUGGAGCAGCUGAGGGAUCGGAUCCGGGCACAGGCCCAGUGGCAGGGAAGCUGCGCCUCGCUGGGCACCUCAGUGCUGUCCAGCACCUCCGCACAGGCCCUCCGCAGGAAGAGCUGCAGUGUGGCCUGUGGCCUCCCGGCCUCCACACAGCCAGGUCCGAAGGAAAAAUCCAAGCGUGGUCGGAGCUGUUCAUGCAGGACCGACCUGGCUCCCAGGCCGCCUGCCCCCGGCAAGGCAGCUAAAGGCCGAGACCCCGAGGUGGUGGGUGUGCACGCCUGGAGAAGAGGACAAGCUGUGGCCCGAUCGCUGCUGGGACCCCCUCCCAGGAGGCUGCAGAAGGACAGCAAGAAGGCCACCGCUGCAAGUACCUCCUGCCCCCGGGUGCCCCGUGCCACCCCUGCCCACAGCCACCGGCAGGUGUCUGAGCCGGCGCCUAGCCAGGUGUCCUGUGACCAGCCCACCAUGAUCCACACAGCCAUGGAGACCCUGAAAGACCUCCGGCAGCAGAUCCAGGCUGGGCUGGAGCUGGCCAGGAGGCCCCGGGAGGGACGGAAGCCGGAGACCAAGCUGAAGCCUGAGGCAUCCACUGGGAUGAGGCCUCAGGGCCCGGGCAGCGCCCCAGCCGCACAGGACGCUGCCCGCAAGUGUCCCUGGGCCCCACUGGAGCGACGCCACUCCUCCCCCAGCUGUGCUGGGGGCAUCCACUGCGAGCUGCCCUGCAGCCCAUCAGCCACGUGGGAGUCCAGGCUAAGCCGGGAGCCACCCAGGAGCCCCUUCCUCCAGCGGCCGUGGAGCACGUGGCUGCCGCAGACCCAGGCAGCCAGCGAGGCCUGGGGGACGCCGUGGAGCCCCCUGGAGAGGCCACGCGCAACCCCCUGUGGCCUUGGAGCAGCUCGUCCAUGCUCAGGAGCCAAGCAGGCCUGGCCAGGGCCCGCCAGGGCCGUCCCCGCUCCCAGCGCCAGGCCCUCAGCACCCUGUCCCCGGCUCCAGGAGCCUCUGGGCCAGCCACACAGCUCCCAGUCACUACGUGACAUCCUGCGGCAGCGCGCGCUGCAGGCGAAGGCCUCGGCCGCCCGGGCCCUGGAGCUGCGCAGCCAGAGGCUGCAGGAGGUGUACCGGCAGCAGAAGGAGGCCGUGCUGGGCAAGGCUAUCCCCUUGGUCUCCCAGACCUCACCCGGCAUUGUCACCUUCGUCCCCAGCACCGCACAGAGCGGGGGUGCGGACGCCCCUGAGAGCCUGGGGUCCCCAGUGCAGGAGUGGAGUAAAGUGACAUCUGGCGUGGUACGGGGUGACCAGGAGGCCCCAGGCAGUUUCUGCCUGUGUUUGAACAGAGCCUGGAGUCGCACUGAGGCCCUGCAGCCGGGGCGCCUGCGGGAAGGCUGGGACGCAGCACCGCUCCUUCACUCAGCCUCGCUGGGUGCCCUGAGGCUCCAGGACCUGCCCCGCGGGCUGUGCGUGUACCUGGACCCGCAGGAGGCUGAGCGCCUGGGAACGGCCAGCCCACGGCACUGGGCACACAAGCUGGAGCGGCUGCGUGCGCUUGAGACCAUGGCGGACGUGUUGAGGCAGCGUGUGGACAUCCUGAGCACCAAGCUGCACCACCCUGAGGCGCUGGCCUGGGACCUGCCGCCCUCGGGCCCCAGCCCUGAGCCUGCGCCCACCGCAGCUACUGCCUGCCCUGGAGCCAUCUUGUCCAGUGGCGGCCGAGGCGUGGACAUGCAGGCCGGGCCCUUGCUGGAUGCCGAAAUGCUGCCCUGGAACCCCUGCUGGGAGCCAUGUGGCCUGAGCCCCAGGUCCCCCUUCGAGAGCAGGUCCCCAGCCAGCACGGUCCCCACAGGCGUGGACGGGAGGCCCUGGGAGCUGGAGAGGCGGCUGCAGCGGCAGGCAGCGUCCUUCCACGCCCUCCGCACCUUGGUGGGCAGCUCUCUGCCAGCUGCCCUGGACUGCACCUGCGAGCCGCUGUGGCUGGAGGAGCCACCAGCAGCCACCAGAGCAGCAGGCUUGGGAGCGCCCUGGAGCAGCUGGAGCUGUGGUGACCCGGAGCCCUCAGGGCUGCACCUCCAGGACCUGCAGGGCGGGCACCUGGUCAACAUGCAGCUCAAGUCGGCCCACUUCCUUGAGUCCCUGAAGCUGGAGCAGCAGCAGAAGGCACAGGCACUGGCCCUUCUGCAGCAGCAGGCAGAGCAGGAGCGGUGGGUCACAGAGGCCACGCUGGACACGCUGCGUUUCAAACGCCAGCUGCAGCAGGCGAUGGACAGACGGGCUGGGCCAGAGGUGCCUGGGCAGCUGGAGCAGCCGCAGACCCGCGGGGACCCAGGAGGGGUGCCGAGAUCUCGACCCCAGUCAUGCCCACCCCCAGCGAGGAGCCAAGUCAAGCAGGCCCUGGGCACUGCGUCUCCAGCAGGCGCCCAGAGGCCGGCCCCGGCCCCCUGCCAGCCGUCUCCUCUGGACGACCACGGCCCGCAGCGCAGGCUGACGAGGCCCGGCCCAGCCGAGCCCAGCGCUUCCAGAACCUCGGGCCGCUUCGCCUCCCAGAUGUUAGAACGGAGCCUGCGUGAGGAGAAGCUGCGCGCGCAGCACCAGGCCGCACUGCUGCGCCUGCGCGAGAUGGCGCUGGAGGAGAGAACGCGCGCCGAGCUGGCGUGGCUGCAGCACCAUCGGGGGUACUUGGGGUGCAAGGGAGACAAGGCCGCGCGGGCCGCCCUGGCCGAGAGGCAGCAACAAGUCCUCAGCAACCUGGAGAAGGGGAAGAAGCAGAUCCGCCAGCUGCGGGACAUCCACGUGUCCAUGCACCGCGACCGGCUGCUGCUGCUGCAGCACCAGAAGGACAUCCUGGCCGUGCAGCGGUCCACAGCCUGCCUGUGGCGGGAGCUGCAGUCCCAGGGCGUGCUCGCCGGACCCCGCCCCUGGAGGAGCCCCGACAGCGCCCACAUGCCUCCCCCCACAGCAGAGCAGACCCUGACAACCCCCACGAUGGCUUCAGAUGCUGCCAGCCCCCUGCAGCCCCCGGGGCCAGAGCCAAGAGAGGACGGGGCUGAGGGCAGCGGGCUGCCAGCCGAGAGUGACUGCCAUGUUGACCGAGGAGACCCUCGGGGCAAGCCCAGUCCAUGUCUGGCUGAGGAGCCUGGUGCCUGGACAGGCAGCUGCGUGGAGAGCUUCCCGGACCAGUGGCGGCACUCCCUGCAUGGAGAGGAUCCCUGCGUGGCUGAAGGCCGCACCAGCAGAGAGGUGCCGGAGGAAGAGCCCCAGGCCCCAGAGAGCCGGCAGUCGGGGCCUCAGAGGAUUGAAGCCCCUAGGCUGGAGGAGCCUGGCGCCCUCCCCCAGCUGGGAGCCACUCCAGCGCAUGUCCACCCCAAGGAGGUGCCUGCUGCUCAGUGCCUGGACAGCCCCUGCCCACAGCCCACAGUCCCCGCAGGCCUGAGCCCCGAGCCCGCCCCUGGGACCGCCUCAGGGCCUUGGGAAGCACCAGGGUCCACCUGCACCUCCUGGGCCAGCUCCACCAGUGGCCACGCCGCGCCCUCCCCACCCAGAUUCUGCAAAGCCACGGCCGUCCUGGUGCAGCUUUCAGAUGACAGCUCGGCCUCUGUGUGCAGUGCGGGAGCCGAGCACGGGCCCCGCACGGGCGGCGGCCGCUCCUUGGAGGCCCCAGGCCUGCCUCUGUCCGCUGCUGCUCAGGGCCCAGGGGAAGCGGCCUGGUGGGCCAGUCCCUGUGGGGGCUCGUGUGUGGAGGCAGCAGCGGUGGGCAGCUGGGAGCCUGUGGGCAGCUGGGAGCCUGAGCACGGCCCCCUCUCCGGGAGCUGGUCACUGCCCCUCCCAGAUGCCCCCUCGGCAGGGUCGGGGUCGGAGCUGUCGGAGGCCUCCAGUCACGUGUGGGACGAGCACAGCUGGGAACCUUGCCCAGCACCCGGCCACCUGCCAGAGGACGCAGAGACCUCUUCCCCAGACCCUGGGGCCCUGCAGGAAGCUUCCAGAACCGGCGACAGCCUGGCCGUUAGAUCUAAGGCAGGGGAAGCCAAGAGGGCAUCUCCCGGGGAGGCCUGCCCAGGGGUCAGCUCACACACUUCCUCCUCCAGGGACUCAGAGCUGUCACUGACCUUCCCCUCAGCAGAGCCCGCCCCUCAGCAUGAGAGACCCCAGCGUGCCAUGCCCCAAGCCCCUCCCACCCUGCAAGCUCCUUCUGGGGGUCCCUGCGGCCAGGAGCCAGGAGGCGGGAGGAGCAGUCGCAGCCCUGGCGCGCAGGAAGCUGGGGUCCCACAGGCUGACCGCAUGCUGAUGGAGAUUCUGUCCCCCGUGGAUGAGCAGCUGUCCUACGGCAGUGCCGACCUCCCAUCCUCCUCGCUCCAGGACGCCGGCGCACCAGCGGAGCUGCAGUCAGACAGUGGUGCGAAAGCCGCUGGCCCCUACCUGGAGGAGGGGGAGAGGAGCCGGAACUAA